AUGAGUGACGCCGAGGAAAUGCAAAGACCAGCGCUCGAGCUUCUGCGCGAGAAGCGCAUCAGGGAGAUCAGGGCUAAGAUGGAGUCGAUGGGCCUGAUUGACCUCGCCCAGAACUUGAUGGGCAAAGAAACCAAGGCUCCACCCAGGAAGGCAGGGGGGGCACGCAAGAAGGCCAAGAUCCGCGGCCCACAGGAGCUCCGGAGAUCGCGCCGCCUUCAGGGGCUUCAGCCCGCGGCAGGAGAGAUCGCUGCAGCACAAAUUGACUCGCAACAAAACAUGGAGCUCGACCAGGCCGCAAGAUCCGAGCAGGGCACCGUCGGGGACCGGGCUGGGGACAACGACGCUGAUGCUCACCCCGAGCUUCCGCCGUUGCAUAAAGCGUGGCUCGAGGGCACUCCUGACAAGUUCGGCUUCCUCGCCAGACUCGAGAAGCUGCCGCCGCUCCCCCCCGGUGAGAUUGCGGACCCAGAGCACCUCGCGUCCGCGCGGCUCCUUGGCGCCGAGUUCCUGCUGAAGGCCGGCGAGCUGCGAUGCGGUCGAUACAGGCGCGAAUUUCGUCAGAAAGUCGCUGCUUUGGAACUUCUCGCCAAUCGUCCUGGCAUCGUGCAAUGGGGCGCCGUGCUCCCCGAGUGGAUUUACGGGGCGGCGGCUCUGUCGUCGGACACGGACACGCGUGAGGUUUUACGCUCCUUGAGCAGACCGCGCGGUCUCAGGGGCGGCCCUCACGCGACAACACUCAGGAAACAGCACGCCGACAUCAUCAAGACCCUGGAGCGGCGCGCGGCUGCUGUUUUGGCCACACAGACAACUUUCAUGGGAUACAACAUGAGCGGAAUGGAUUUGGAUGCGCUGAGUGGCUGCUUCACCGGAAACACGACAACGGGAGAGUGCACGCGGAAACUCCGCGACUACACUGAGUACUACGCUUGGGCGCGCGAGCAGCGAGAAAACGGGAAAUCCUACGAUGCCGCGGAGAUCAAAUCUGCGGAUCCGCAGAAAAGAAGGCAAAGGUUGGGCGGUCUAAAGAUCUUCCAGCUCGCGAAGGAUUUUUUUCGUGGGGACUUCCAGGUUAACCACCCGGAGGCUUUGGCCUUUGUGGAUGGGUCACGCACCUCGUCGCCACAGCGUGUUCGAGGAGGGGUGGAUGGCCGGUUGGUAGAUGAGGCCAUCCGCAGCCCGUGCCCCACCACGUCCUGGUCUGAGAAAUGA